CUCACGGAAACUCAGGUGCAAUGCUUCUCCGAAGCUCCAUGCCGCCGCAGACUUCCUGUACCGCUCUUUCUGACGUCUCUAGUCUUAUAAUUCAACCCAUUCAUCCUUCACCAUGCCACCAAGACUUUGCUCUUGUCCCUCCGAUAACCCACAAUGGCGUCAAACGGCAUCCCAAAACGUGCACUCCGCGUCGGCGGCGCCUCUGGAGGCUUCACCGACCGCGUUGCCGCAAUUUCACGUCUUGCCUCUGAUCCCGCUGUCGACGCCAUCGUGGGCGACUGGCUGUCUGAAAACGUAAUGACUGGAUAUGGCGCGGGAAAGGAGAAAAGAACGCAACUUGAGAAAGAGCGUGGCAGUCCUUUCUCAUUUGAGGAGAAGUUGCAGAAUGCGAAUUACGCUUCGACUUUUUUGCAGUGCUUUGAGCCUGCGAUACCGGACCUGAAGAGGAAUGGUGCGAAGCUGGUGGUCAAUGCGGGGGCGAAUGAUACGGAAUUACUUGCGGAGGUGGUGAAGAGGAUGUGCAUGGAGAAGGAAUGUUGGGAGGCUAAAGUCGCGUGGGUUGAGGGCGAUGAGGUUACCGAUCAGUUUCGCGAUCUUGUCUCGCAGGGGCAUGAGUUUAAGAAUCUGUGUGAUGGCCGAACGCUGCAGGAGUGGAGCUUUGAGCCGCUGUGCGCGCAAGCGUAUUUGGGUAGCCUGGGCAUUAGCGAGGCGCUGAAGCAGGGUGCGGAUAUCGUCAUUUGCGGGAGGGUGAGCGAUGCAGCGCCGACUAUUGGACUGAGCGCUUGGUGGCAUGGGUGGAAGAGUGAUGAGUGGGAUAGGAUGGCGGGAGCCCUGGUAGCUGGGCAUCUGAUUGAGUGUAGUGCCUUUAUUACAGGUGGUUAUUAUAGCGGUUUUAAAGAUCUGAUGAGGGAGGGGAAGCAUCUGAAUCUGGGGUUCCCGAUUGCAGAGGUUGAGGAGUCGGGAGAGUGUAUCAUCACGAAGGAGCCGAACACAGGAGGCAUCGUCAACACCGAAACCGUAACCUCGCAACUCGUCUAUGAAAUUUCUGGCCCCCUCUACCUCAACUCCGACGUCGUCGCCAACCUCGAAGACGUCCUCCUAACCCAAUUGUCCCCCAAUCGCGUCCGCGUCUCCGGCAUCACCGGCCUUCCUCCUCCGCCGACAACACGCGUCGGCGUCACUGCGCACGGUGGAUACCAGGCUGAAUGGCACUUCUACCUUGUUGGGCUGGACAUGCGGGAGAAGAUGCGGUGGAUGGAGGAGCAAGCCCGCAAUGCGAUUGGGGAGAAUAUCAUGAGCAAAUUCUCAUGCUUGAAGUUCCAGCUUCUGGGGUACACAGGCGAGGGUGUGGGUGUUGGGACGCAGGAUGGGAAUACGGCGGAUUUUCGGAUUUUCGCGCAGGCGAGGGAGAGAGAGUUGUUUGAUGGGACAAAGCCGGAUGGGUUCGCGAGGAGAUUGUAUGAGACGGUGUUGCAGAGUUGCCCUGGCGUAAGCCGCCCCAACGACCUCCGCCAAUCAGCCCCAAAACCUUACUACGAGUACUUCGUAACCCUCAUCCCACAAUGGGUCUGCAACCACCGCGUCCACCUCCUCUUCCCCGCCUCCUCAUCCGCUCCGAUCCCUAUUCCUCUCCCCUCAGAGACACAAACCUACGGCCCCCAACGUUCCUACGAGACCUCCAAGCCCAUCCCGCUAUCCACCUUCGGCCCCACGACCCUCGCACCCCUCGGCUACAUCGCCCUCUCCCGCAGCGGCGACAAAGCCAGCGACGCAAAUAUCGGACUAUUCGUGAGGAGGGAGGAUGAGUAUGAGUGGCUGCGGUCAUUUCUCACCACAGACAAGUUUAAGGAACUGCUGGGCAAGGACUGGAAAGGGGGCAGGAUUGACAGGUUUGAGAUGAGGAAUCUGUGUGUUGUACAUUUUCUGAUCAAGAAUCAUUUGGAUAGGGGGUAUAAUUCGGGGAGCGGCGUGGAUACGCUGGCGAAGAAUUUGGGAGAGUGGAUUAGGUGCAGGCGCGUGGAGGUCCCGGAUAAGUUUCUCGAGCGCGGAAGGAUAUAAGAUCUAUGCAGGGAAUCACAAGGGAAUGGUACAUAGCACUCAAUGGCCUUACAUAUCGCUCGAACGUAUGUUCCGGGCGUGAGGCUUUGGCCACGCCGCCCC